ACUUGGAGAGCCUCAGUCGCCUGUGUUCUCCGGUGAGAGAUGAGAGAGUGAGUGGUACUGUGCUUUAGCUUCUCUUGCAAUUCUAGAGAGAGAGAGCUCGUUUUCUUCUCUCACUAACCUUGAAACGGAUAUCCAUGGCUGUUAUUUCUUGUUCAAUUGCUGGAGGGUUCCAUAUUCCUGCCGCCAAGAUUAAGGGCUGGUUUUAUUCCUUCACCCACUCCUUCCACCACUGUCAAUUAAGCUUUGCUCCAAAUGUUCGCUCACUCUCUCUCUACAACGCCCAUAAUCGUCCAAGGCCAGUCUCUCUCCGGGCUUCGUCAUCUUUCGACAUUGUUCCCCCGCCCAUCGACGACGACUUACAUGAUGUAAUGGUUGCUGAGGGCGCAAAACUGUUAGAGGAUGGCAUUGUGGAAACUUUUGGAAAUGACGAGGUGGCGAUGAAAGCGGUUGAGGAUGGUGUUGCGGUUGUGGACCUUUCCCAUUUUGGUCGGAUUAGAGUUACUGGGGAAGAUAGAAUUCAGUUUCUGCAUAACCAAAGCACGGCAGAUUUUCAGGUUCUAACUGAAGGACAGGGAUGUGAGACGGUUUUUGUAACACCAACAGCUCGUACAAUUGACAUUGCUAACGCUUGGGUGAUGAAAAAUGCGAUAACAUUGCUAGUCUCACCAACAACUUGCAGCAGCAUUCUUGGAAUGCUUGAAAAGUACAUUUUUUUUACUGACAAGGUGGAACUUCAAGACAUCACCAAAAAGACAUGUUUUUUUACUCUGAUUGGACCUAAAAGCAUCCAAGUAAUGGAGGAUCUGAAUCUUGGUGACCUUGUUGGAAAGCCAUACGGCACACAUCUUCACUAUAACGUUAAUGGGAUGCCAAUAACUGCUGGAGUGGGCAAUGUUUUAUCAGAAGAUAGUUUCUCCCUGAUGCUGUCACCGGCCUCUGCUGGAUCCGUGUGGAAGGUUCUUUUGAGUCUUGGUGCAGUUCCCAUGGGGGCUAAUGUGUGGGAGAGAUUAAGAGUCAUACAAGGAAGGCCUUCUCCUGGAAAAGAGCUCACAAAUGAAUUUAAUGUCCUCGAAGCCUGCCUCAGGAAAGCUGUAUCUCUAAAUAAAGGAUGCUAUAAAGGACAGGAGACCAUCGCAAGGCUUGUCACCUAUGAUGGAGUAAAACAAAGGUUGUGGGGGAUUCGUCUGGAUGGCCCAGUUGAACCAGGAAGUGCCAUUAUUGUAGAGGGCAAGAAGGUUGGAAAGCUUACUAGUUAUGUGGUUGGAAACCAAAAUGUGGAGCAUGUGGGUCUUGGCUACGUGAAGAGGCAUGCAGGUUCAGAAGGGAGGGAAGUGCUUGUUGGGGAUGUUCGAGGUGUCCUAGUCGAUGCACCUUUCUUGCGUCAGUCUUCCCAUGUGAACCAGCAUAUUUCCUGAGCAUUGAUAAACCAUGGUUUUAUAAUGUUUAUAGAUUCCCUUACCUUUAAAAUGAUGUAACAAUUUUUUUAAAACUAGCUCCCAAUCAUUUUUUAAGAGCACCAAUUUUAAACGUGUUGACUAGGUAUGAGAGCAUACAGAUCCUCUGCUAUUCUCAACCGAUUAUAGUGGCAUAAUUGUAUAUACUGCAAUUACUUUCGCGUUUACCAUGUACAAAACAUAUGUUUGUUUACCCGAGAUAAAAAAUAGCACGACUUAACUA